AUGAGUGGUGGAAAAGAACUUGUAUUGGAAACCCUAAGGUUAGCAACCAGUCAGGAUGCAGAGGUAUUGAGACCAGCUGAGGAACGCCUUCAGGAGUGGGAAACUGAACCAGGGUUUUACUCCACUCUUGUUGAGAUAUUUUCAGAACACUCCAUAGAAGUCAAUGUUCGUUGGUUGGGUGUGCUCUACUUCAAGAAUGGGGUAGACAGAUACUGGCGAAAGACUGCACCUAAGGCCAUAAGUGAAGAAGAAAAGGCUCGGAUUCGAUGUGGAUUACUUCAUAACCUUAGGGAACCAGUGCCACAGGUAGCCACUCAGUUAGCUGUUCUUAUAGCAAAGAUUGCUAGAGUAGAUUGCCCAAGGGAAUGGCCAGAUCUACUUCCAGCUUUAUUUGAAGCUGUGAAAAGUGAUGACCAGCUUGUUCAGCAUAGAACACUUCUUAACUUACACCAUGUUAUUAAGCAGCUUGCAUCAAAGAGGCUGGCUGCUGACAGACGAACAUUUCAAGAAUUAACAAGUCAGAUGUUUACAUUCCUCCUUGAACUAUGGCGAUCACAGACAGAAGCCUUUUUAGCAGCUGUGGGACAAAAUAUGGAAGUUAUGGUGCCAUGUCUUGAGCGUUCACACCUUGCUCUCAAGAUCUUGCGCAAACUUCUUAUUCACGGUUUCAAGAAGCCUCAUGAGAGUCAGGAUGCUAUUACUCUACUGGAGUCUGUAUUUGACCGCAUCAAGAUUCUUUUGAACUUUUUUAGAAAGCAGCAUGAAAGCAAUGAUCACGUAAAGACAAUAUCUGAAAAAUAUGUUGUGCUUUUAACCAAAGUUCUUCUGGACAUGUUGGAAAAUUUUCCAUUUUCAUAUUUGCAGUUCAUAAAACCCAGUCUUGAAUUAACGACAUAUUAUGUUUUCACCCCGGCUGGUGAUGGACUACUUUUCGAAAGGUUUACAGUGCAGUGUUUGAAUUUGAUUAAAGCUAUCCUCCUGUGUCCAGAAUAUAAGCCAUGUAAGGUUGUGGAAGAUACCAAAGACCCUCAGACUUUGGAAGCCUUCAGGAUAAAGUCUGAGUUCUUUGACAAUUCUGUGUUGGCAGGGAUGUGUCAUAAGCUCAUUUCCCACUAUUUCCUUCUCACACAAAGUGACUUGGAAGUUUGGGAUUCGGAUCCUGAAGGAUUCUGUAUGGAUGUGGAAGGAGGGGAGUCAUGGAAAUACAGUCUCAGACCCUGUACAGAAACACUGUUUGUCUCCCUCUUUCACGAAUACAGGAAUGCUUUAACACCAGUGUUGAUGGAGAUGGUAAGGUCAUCCCACAGCCCAGUUGAUCCAAGGGACUAUCAUGGAAUACUCCAAAAAGAUGCAGUGUACAAUGCAGUUGGCUUAGCAGCCUUUGAACUUUUUGAUGAUAUUGACUUUGAUCAGUGGUUCACAUCUUCCCUGAUAAAUGAGCUGAAAGUGAAGGACUCAAAUUAUCGCAUCAUUCGACGGCGUGUUAUAUGGUUGAUUGGUCAGUGGACAAGCGUGAAAUUUUCUCCAGAGCAUCGUCCAACUUUAUAUGAAGCUUGCAUUCACUUGCUGUCUACUGAAGAGGACUUUGUUGUGAGACUUAGUGCUGCCAUGACUCUCAUGCAUUCAGUAGAUGAUUUUGAGUUUGACCCACAGCAGUUUAUGCCUUACCUACCUACUAUAUUUGGCUUACUUUUCAAUCUGCUGAAAGAAGCUCAUGAAUGCGAUACGAAAAUGCAGGUGUUGCAUGUAAUGUCGUUCAUGAUUGAGGUAGUAGGCGUUGGAAUCCAGCCUCAUGCUGCUCCUCUUGCCCAGUAUUUGCCCGGUCUUUGGAAGGAAUCCGUAGAUCACAAUAUGUUGCGUUGUGCUAUCCUCACAACAUUAGUUCACAUGGUAACAGGCCUAAUGGUAAGUUUUUACAGUUAUUUGAUUAUUUUAGCUCAUUGUUUCUGGUGGUAUUCUUUUUUUUAUUUAUGUAGACUGAAUUCACAGUUUGUACAGGAAAAAAAUGCACAAAAGUACUCACUACAAGGAAAGUUGUAA